AUGUCUUGCUGCGGCAGCGCCGAGGAGGACACCUACGGCCCGCCGGCGAACCAAGCCGCUCCGCCGCCCAACGUCAACGCUCCCGGCAACAGAGGCGGGCCGAGGGGGCCCGGCGCCACGAGGCCCGGAGGGCCGCCCAAGGUGCUCACCAUCGACGUGCCGGCGAUACCGCUAGACGAGCUCAACAAGAUGACCAACAAUUUCAGCGACAAGGCCCUCAUCGGCGAGGGUUCCAUCGGCCGCGUCUACAGUUGUACCCUUAGCGAUGGCCGCCCCGCCGUGAUCAAGAAGCUCGACCCCAGCGCCUCGCAGGAGUCCGACUCAGAAUUCUCUGCUCAGCUAGCAAUGGUCUCCAAGCUUAAGAACGAGUACUUCGUGGAACUCCUGGGCUAUUGCUUGGAGGAUGGCAACCGCAUGCUGGCCUAUCAGUUUGCGACCAUGGGUUCUUUGCAUAAUAUCUUGCACGGCAAGAAAGGAGUGCAGGGCGCUGAACCCGGGCCGGUGCUCAACUGGGCUCAGCGCGUCAAGAUAGCUUACGGAGCCGCGAGGGGAAUAGAGUACCUACAUGAGAAAGUCCAACCAUCGAUUGUUCAUCGAGAUAUUCGGUCGAGUAACAUCCUAAUAUUUGAUGAAUUCAGCUCCAAGAUUGCCGACUUCAACCUGACAAACCAGGGUACGGAAUCCGCUGCCCGGUUACACUCGACUCGUGUGCUAGGAACAUUUGGAUACCACGCACCAGAAUAUGCUAUGACAGGGCAAAUCAACCAAAAGAGUGACGUCUACAGCUUCGGUGUGAUCCUACUAGAACUACUGACAGGAAGAAAACCGGUCGAUCACACCAUGCCCAAAGGGCAGCAAAGUCUUGUUACUUGGGCUACUCCAAGGUUGAGCGAAGAUAAAGUAAAGCAAUGUGUUGAUCCAAAGCUCAACAGUGAGUACCCACCAAAAGCCGUCGCCAAGCUAGCAGCAGUGGCAGCGCUGUGCGUUCAGUACGAAUCCGACUUCAGACCGAACAUGACAAUCGUCGUGAAGGCAAUACAACCCCUUCUCAACCAAAAACCGGCUGGACCCACCACCGAGGCACCGAGACCCUGA